GUUUUUAGUAAAUAUUUUUCAAUGUCGUAAUGGACUUCUAAUACCGAUUUUCUCUUAUCAUUUCUACAUUAUAUACCACGUGUUUUGUGCCAAUCACACUUAAAAGAGCUUCCAUCUCACCUUUACGGUGAUUCUAUUAUAAGUGAGUGAUUUUUCUGUGUGUUUUUUACGGUGAAUUCUUCCGCCAAGAAAAGUCCAAAGAACACGGGAGUCAUUGAACUUUUUCGCAAGGAAUUCAGGUCAAAACAUGGCAAUAAAUCUCAUUAAAUUCAGUACUAAUAGUUAUAUUAAAUCGCAAAUCAGAUUAGUGAGAAAUAUGAGUACGGUCGAAGUGAAUGUGAAGCAGGGAAGGAUUCGUGGUCUCAAGGGCAGUCUCCGCAAUGGGGCACCAUUUUAUGCCUUCAAGGGCAUCCCCUAUGCCCAUCCACCCAUUGGACAGCUGAGAUUCAGGCCCCCUGUGGCUCUAGAAAGCUUUCCGGAUGAAGUUCUUGACUGCACGAAGGAGGGAGAUCCCUCUGUCCACAAGGAUCCCUACACAGCAAAAUUAGUGGGAUCCGAGAACUGCCUGUUCUUGAAUGUUUACACUCCAAAAUUGGAGGAUCGGGCUCGGGCAGGAGCUUGCAAAUUGCCGGUAAUGGUCUGGAUCCAUGGAGGAGCCUUUAUGAUGGAUUCCGGGAGUGAGAAUCUUUACUGUCCGGAAUAUCUCAUCCAAGAGGAUGUCAUUGUUGUGACUCUGAACUAUCGUUUGGGUCCCCUUGGGUUCCUUUUCUAUCCUCGAAAAGGCAUCACGGGCAAUGCAGGGCUGAAGGAUCAACUUUUGGCCCUGAAAUGGGUCAAUGAAAAUAUUGAAAAAUUCGGUGGAGAUUCCCAAAAUAUUACGUUGUUUGGGGAAAGUGCUGGAGGAGCAUCAACUCAUCUUCACUUGCUCUGUCCUAAAUCUCAGCCAUAUUUCCACAAGGUUAUUUGCCAAAGUGGAACGUCGCUGAUGGAAUGGGUGAUGCAGGAAGAUCCUGAGGGUAAAGCUGAACGCCUGGCAAAAAUUGUUGGAUGUCAGUCUAAUUCAGAUGAGGAGAUUUUUGCAUCCCUAAUGAGUGCAACUCCUGAAGAUUUGGCUAUAGGGGCUAUUAGAACAUUGUCUGAGGAUGAGAAACGCCGGGGAUUGCCUAUUCCCUUUAAGCCAGUUGUUGAACCUCCUGGUGAUGAUGCUUUGCUCACAGAUACUCCUCUCAAUCUUGCUACAGCCCUCAAAUCCAUUGAAAAACCCAUGAUUAUUGGGCAUAACGCUAAGGAAGGCAUUAUAAUGCUUCUGGAUGCUGUGAGAAAAAUUGAUCUUUUUGACGAGGACUUAGCGAGAAUCGUUCCGAAAUCCUUAAAUGUUGUCCAGGGGAGUAGGACGUGUGAGAGAGUGACUGAAGAAAUGAGAAAAUUCUAUUUUUCCGGUGAUAAAAUUACAAAAAAAUCCAUUGUUGAACUUACGGAUUUGCUCUCGGACUACCAUUUCGUGAUUGCCAACCAUGUAACGGCCGAAAUUCACGCGAGGAAAGAGCACAGAUCCCCCAUGUUCUUCUACCGAUUUUCAUACGAUGGAGAACUCAAUCUGCCCAAGAGACUCUUUGGACUGGGUCAGAACAAGGGAGCUUGCCACGGUGAUGAUAUGUUUUACCUUUUCAAGAUGAAGAUGAUGGACAUGGAUGUGGAUGAAAAGUCAGAAGCUUUCAAAAUGCGGGCGACUAUGUGUCGUCUAUGGGCAAAUUUUGCUAAAUAUGGGAAUCCAACACCACCACAGGAUACCAGUCUACCAUUCAAGUGGACUCCUGUGGAGCCAGUGCCAAAGGGAGGACAAUAUAGACUCAAUGCUCUGGACAUUGACCGGGACAUUGGGAUGAUUGUGGAGCCGGAAAAGGAGAGAAUGGACUUUUGGCGAAAACAAUUUAAACUCUGGAAUGAGAGUUUUCUAAAGCCUAAACUAUAAAAGAUAUACUCAAAUUUUGUGAAAUGGGGAAAAGGGACAAUUCGGAAAUACAUAUAUACAUAUAUAUCA